AUGUCUCGGGAAGAUAUCAACGAACAGUCCUCGUCGGGACAUGUUUCUGAUGACGACGAUGUUGAAUUCAGGAAGGACAAAACUAGUGUAAAACAAAUGAUACUUCGCUUUGAAAGAACUGGUAUUCCUCUGGGGGGUUCCAGUGAAUCCCUCGAGAGAUCAAAGGACCCUAUGUUAGGAAGUUUAAGUAGUGUUGUGAAUCCAAUUCAAGCUCAUUUUCAACAUUUAUCACCAGUGCGUUUAUCACAAGAUAGAAACUCAAAUGUGUCUGUGAAUUCUAUCUUAUCAAACGUGUCGGAAAUGAGUUUUGAAUCAAGCUCUUCAGGUUUUGCAUCCGAUAGGAAAUCCUCUUCUCUCAAACCUCAUCGACCAGCUCCAGCUCCUCCAGAACCAUUUAAUGACAGCUCUUCUGUGGACAGUAAAUCUUCCUUACCCGAAGAUAUUGUGACUUCGUUAGAUGAGAGAAGAUACUCAUUUACAACACCUUCUUCAUCUCCCGUAGUUUUACGGCGUUCUAGACAACCGCCAGUAAUACGAAGGAAAUCAUCACUAGGAAGUCAGGGACGAUUUGGCGAAACACAUUGGUCAUAUGGUGUAAGACAGAUUGAUUUAGAAAAAAUACUGAGGUUGAAAGUAUCAGUGCCAUCAGAUAACGAAGAAGAUUCGAAGAAUAAUCAGUGUCUCGAUUCAACAUUACUUAGUGAUAGCAGUAGUGAUGAUUCUAAUGACAGUGAUAAAUUAGUGGAAGGUAAAGAGUAUAUAGUCAAUAAUGAUGAUGGUAAAACGGAUACAUUAUCGACGGAUCAAUCAACAGAUACGUUAAUAAACGACUAUGAAAGCGAUGAUGGUGAUAAUUUAUCGGGUGCUUCGGAAGAUCAGAGUAAUUUUGACAAUGUGAGCAUCAAAUCUAUAUCAUCAUUGGAUAUGGUACCCUACCAAAAGUAUGACACCAUUACAGUAUCAUCGGAUGAGUUCGGUUCCGAAGUUUGCCAUGCGCCUGUUACAGAAUUCCUUACUGUUAGUGCAGUAAACGAGUGGUGUGUUUCAAAGUCCACAGAACCGGUAUUAAUGCCAGUGGAAUCAAAAAAGGAGAAAUAUCGAAGACGGUUGACAGAACGUGUGAACGAAUUGCUGCAUACGGAAAACGUUUAUGUGGAGAGGUUGAAGCAUGUUGUUGAUGAUUAUAUACCAUUGAUGAUGAGGCCAGACAUCCCACCGACAAUCAGAGGCAGAAAAGGAGAUAUAUUCGCCAAUAUUGAAAGGAUAUGUCGCUUCCAUGCUGAGGAAUUUCUCCCGGCUCUUAGAGAUUGUGAGAAUGAUCUCAGAAAACUUGGCCAGUGUUUUAGGAUAUUCGAACAACGGUUUAACAUGUAUGUAAUGUACUCUAGGAAUAAUAAGAGAGCAACUAGACUGGUCUAUGAAAAUAAACAUUUCUUCGAGGAGCGACAGUUAGAAUUAGGUGAUAGGUUGGACCUACCGAGUUAUCUUUUGGAACCAGUGCAAAGGAUACCGAGGUAUAAAUUAUUUUUGGAUGAUCUAGUGAAGACUUAUACUAAUUAUGAAAAUGAAAAAUGCGAGUCGGAUUCACGGAUAUCAAAAUUAAGUGUGGAUAGUGAUGAAACAGGUGGUAGUAAUGGAGAUUCAUCGGAUGCUGAUGAAACACCUUUAGAGAGUUUGAAACUCGCAAAAAUUAUGAUAGAAAACGUUUUGACUGCUAUUGAUGGUAUAAUGGCUUUAGAGAACAUAACAGAUUGCCCGGCGUAUUUGAACUUAUUUAAUCAGGGUAGACUGUUACGUCAAAACGAGUUUUAUGCAAUGGAUAACGCACGCCGGCGCCGUCAGCUCAUGCGGGUCUUCCUCUUUGACAAGUUGCUCCUCAUUACAACGGUUUAUCGGAAGCAAUUGACCGUGGACUUCUUUAUAUACAAGGAUCAUAUACCGGUGGAUGAUCUAGGAAUCACAGCGAAGGAACACGAUCAAUACAAGUUCAGCAUAUGGUACAAGAAGAGAAAUCUCAAGUCUUACAAGCUGGAGACGAGAGAUCCAGCCGUCAGGAACAGCUGGGUUGAAGAAAUAACUUCUCUUCUUUGGGAGCAGGCCAUGCAAAAGAAAGAACUUCUUAUGCAACAACGGAAGAAGAGGAUUUCUAUGGUGUCUAUGGAUAGCCAGGAAUCGGGAGACACGGAAAGAAACGAUGACAAAUAUAAUUCUCUCCGAGGUGUUCCUGGUGAAGUGUGUAGGUUGGGAGAGAGGAAAUCCAGACGAACGACGUGGUAUUGCGAGUGA